ACCUGUCAAAUGUCAAUAAGUCACUGACUACAUGCUACUAACUGCAGGUAUGAGCUACACUAUCAAAUGAUUACAUUUGGAAAGGUUUUCUGCACAAAAAGUAAACCAAAUUGUAAUGCAUGUCCAAUGAGAGCAGAAUGCAGACAUUUUGCAAGUGCUUUUGCAAGUGCAAGGCUUGCUCUUCCAGGUCCAGAAGUGAAAGGUAUGGUUAGUUCAAGUCAACCUGUAUCUGCCAAUGUAAAUCCAGCUGCUACAUUCAAGCCAAAGCCUCUUCUACCAGGAAGGUCGGGAGGGACAAGUAUUGUAGAUUCUACAGUUGCAAUUGAAACUGGCACGGUCCCUGUAUUCUUGAACUGGCCAAUGCCACAACUUCCCCACAUAACUAGCUUAAACAGAGAAGCAGCUGAAGCCAGUACUAGCAACUGUGAACCUAUUAUCGAGGAGCCAGCAACACCUGAGCCAGAAGUAUCAGCAAGUGAUAUUGAGGAUGCUUACUAUGAUGAUCCUGAUUAUAUUCCUACAAUUGAGCUCAACAUGAAAGAAUUUACAGCAAACCUGCAGACUGUGUUGCAAGAGCAAAAUAUGGGAAUGCAAGAAGGAGAUCUAUCCAAAGCUUUAGUUGCAUUGAAUCCGGAUGCUGCUUCUAUCCCAACAACCAAGCUUAAAAACAUUAGUCACCUGCGAACGGAACAUCAAGUGUAUGAGCUUCCAGACUCACAUCCACUGCUCAAGGGGAUGGAUAGGCGUGAACCUGAUGAUCCAAGUCCAUACCUUCUUGCUAUAUGGACACCAGGUGAGACAGCCAAUUCAAUUCAGCUGCCUGAAACAAAGUGUAAUACCCAGGCAUCAGGUAAACUGUGCGAGGAGACUACAUGUUACUCAUGCAGCAGUGCACGGGAAACCAAUUCACAGACAGUUAGGGGCACCCUUCUGAUACCAUGCCGAACAGCAACAAGAGGGAGCUUCCCACUUAAUGGCACAUAUUUCCAAGUGAACGAGGUAUUUGCUGAUCAUGAAUCCAGUCUUAAUCCAAUUGAUGUUCCAAGACAAAUGAUAUGGUAUCUACCCAGAAGGACAGUCUACUUUGGGACAUCUGUGUCCACAAUUUUUAAAGGCUUGUCGACAGAACAAAUUCAGCAUUGUUUCUGGAGAGGAUUUGUAUGUGUAAGGGGAUUUGAUCAAAAAACAAGAGCACCACGGCCUCUCAUGGCCAGGCUACACUUCCCAGCAAGCAGGUUGGCCAAGAACAAAAAUGAAACGCAAAAGAAGGGCAGUUCAGAUGCAGGGGUGACUGCUAAAUAGAAAACUAACCAAGGCCAGAUAUGACAGAUUUUUCCUAGGGUAGAAGUUUGUUGACUAACAAAUUGUUGUACAAUCAAAUAUUUCUCAUCUCAAGAGGAAAUGUGAUUUUAAAAUGUAAGCCUAGAAGCAGGAAACAUAGGUAUUUCUUGGAAAGGUCCCUUCAACAAAAGGGCAUGAUGUAUAAUGAGAAAUUUGUAUCAUUUGAUUCAUGCUCACAAAAUGAGCAAUUUUUCAUGGAUGUAAGAUAACAAGAGGAGGGGUAUACUAGUUAGUAUAGGAAUCAACAGCACUUGCCUGU